AUGAAGGUCCUCAUCCUUGCCUGCCUUGUGGCCCUUGCACUUGCAUCAGAGAAGAAAGAAGUCCGUGUAUCCAGUGAGACUGUAGAAAGCAUUUCUAGCAGUGAGGAAUCCAUUACCCACAUCUAUAAGCAGAAACCUGAACAGUUUGAAAAUGAGAAACAGCAACAAAGAGAGGAUGAACGCCAGGACAAAAUCCACACUCUUGUCCAGCCACAGCCUCUUUUCUAUCCUUAUGCUGAGCCCAUGCCUUACCCUGUCCUUCUAAAAAACAUCCUGCCUCUUGCCCAGCCUGCUAUGGUGCUGCCUCACCCUCAGCCUGAAGUGAUGGAAGUCCCCAAUGCUAAGGAGACCAUCAUUCCCAAGCGCAAUGUGAUGCAAUUGCCCAGAUCUCCAGUAGUGCCAUUUCUUCAGCGCCAGAUCCCAAACCUCACUGAUCUCAAAGCACAGCUUCCUCUGCCUCUGCUCCAGCCCUGGAUGCCCCAGAUCCCCCAGCCUCUUCUUCAGACUCCCAUGCUUCCCACUCAGCCCCUGGUCUCCCUUCCUCAGUCCAAAGUCCUGCCUCUUUCCCAGCAAGUGCUGACCUACCCCCAGAGAGCGAUGCCUGCCCAGGCCCUUGUGCUGAACCCACAGCUUCUGGUUGACCCUACCCAGGCAUUCUACCCUGCGAUGCAACCUAUUGCCCCAGUUUACAACUUACAACAAUUAAAUCAGUACACCUGUGCUUUACACCGUCUAAGUACCCAGCAUCAGAUGUCAAAUUCUAUGGUUACCCUAGAAAAAAAAGAUUCAAAUGUAAAAUCAGAUUCACAGCUCCGCAACAUAGCAGCUAAGUUGUGCCUUGAAAGUUACUUGAUUUUUCUGGAGCUUCAUUUUCUACGUCUAUAG